GGCGCAGACAGAGGAGGUCUUAGUCGCUGUGAAAGCCAUACACCCCUCACCUGCACACACACACACACAUAACACACAUACACCCACAUACACGCCUCCACCUCCUGCACCGUCCCCCUUCAUUCUUGCGCACAUCCCCUACGGUACUCUGACCGGAUGAGUUACCCGGUGGAAACGAUAGGGAGUCCCUUCAGGAGAAGUAUGGAUACUAGGACCACCACCUACGGCUACAACCGCUCCGGCGGCACCCCAUCCAGCGGCUUUCGCUCCCAGUCCUGGUCCCGGGCAAGCCCCGGCUCCACCAUGACCACGUCUUACAAGAAGAGCGUGAAUAUGCCGGUGUCCCGAGCUUACAGCUCAACGGUGUUCAGCUCCGCCGACAGCGUUGAUUAUAGUCAAACCUCCAUUCUGAACGGAGACUACAAGCGAUCUAAUGAGAAAGAGCAACUCCAAGGGCUCAACGACCGGUUCGUUGUUUACAUUGACAAAGUGCACUACCUGGAGCAGCAGAACAAGCAGAUCGAGGCGGAGAUCCACGCACUGCGGCAGAAGCAGGUGUCGCGCACCCAGCUGGGCGACCUGUACGACCAGGAGCUGCAGGAGCUGCGCUCUUUGCUGGAGCAAAUACACCAUGACAAGGCGCAAAUUCAGCUCGACACCGACCAUAUCGAGGAGGACAUUCAGCGGCUCAGGGACCGCUUUGACGAAGAAGCUCGCAUCCGGGAGGAGACAGAGGCCAUAAUUCGUGUCCUGAAGAAGGACGCGAACGACUCGGAGUUGGCGAAGUCCGAGUUGGAGAAGAAAGUUCAGUCGCUGCAGGAUGAGAUUGCUUUCAUCCGCAACAACCACGAGGAAGAGGUGAGCGACCUUAUUGCCCAGAUUCAGGCGUCUCAGGUGACCGUGGAGAGAAAAGACAUCCAAAAGGCAGACAUCACCGAGGCGCUUCGGGAGAUCCGCUGCGAGCUGGAGGGUCACUCGAAACAGAACCUGCAGCAGGUGGAGAACUGGUUCAUGUGCCGCUACGCCAAGCUCACCGAGGCUGCGGAGCAGAACAAGGACGCAAUAAAGUCCGCCCGUGAUGAGAUCGCCGAUUAUCGCCGCCAGCUGCAGUCCAAGACGGUGGAGUUGGAGUCCGUCCGCGGGACACGAGACUCGCUGGAGAGGCAGCUGAAUGACAUUGAGGACCGUCACAACAGCGACCUGGCCAGCCUGCAGGAGACAAUUCACCAGCUGGAUAAUGAGCUCAAGAGCACCAAAUGGGAGAUGGCUCGUCAUCUGCGCGAGUACCAGGACCUGCUCAAUGUCAAGAUGGCCUUGGACAUCGAGAUUGCUGCAUACAGGAAACUCCUUGAGGGUGAGGAGAGCCACUUCAGCACUUUCCCCUAUCGCCAGACCAUCACCUCUACCAAAAUCUCUAAACCUAAAUCAGAAGUUUCCAAGAUUAAGGUGCAGCACAAGUUUGUGGAGGAGAUCAUAGAGGAGACGCGGGUGGAGGAUGAGAAGUCUGACAUUGACGAUGCCCUGGCAGAGAUUGCACAAGAGCUGUCUGCCACAGGUGGAGAUGGAGAAGAGGAGGGAGAGGAGGAGGAGGGGGGAAAGGCAGAAGAAGAAGAAGCAGAGGGUGAGGGGGAAGAGGCAGAGGGGGAAGAGGCAGAGGGGGAGGCUGAAGAGGAGGAAGUUGUAGCCGCCACUGAAGCCAAAGUUAGCUCUAGCGCACCCACUAAGGAGGAAGAGGCAGAAGAGGAUGAGAAAGGUGGUGAUGAGGAAGAAGAGGGUGAGGGAGAAGGGGGUGAGGAAGGGGAGAAGGAAGAAGAAGGUGAAGGAGGGGAUGAGGGAGAAAAGGGGGAUGAUGCAGAGGCAGGUGAAGAAGGAGAAGGGGAAGAGGGAGGAGAGGAGGAGGAGGAAGUUGAGGAGACAGUAUUGUGUGCCAAAGCUCCAGAGUCUAAAGCCUCUCCUGACAAAGAGAAGGCUGGAGACAAAGAAGGCAGUGGAGGAGAGGAGGAAGCCACAGCUGAAAAGGAGGGUGGUGAUCAGGAUGAAGAUGCAGGCAGUGAUAAGGCAUCCAAAAGUGGAGAUGAGAAAGAAGAAAAAGAGGAUGCAGACAAAGGCAAAAAGGAAGAUAGUGAAAAAGAUGAGAAGAAGGUGCAAGAUAAAAAAGCAGAUGACAAACCAGAAGAAACUGUAGCCAAGACAGAAGCUCCGAAAACAGAAGCUGCAAAGCCCGAUGCCAAGAAGGAAGAUGCUAGCAAAGCAGAGGCAUCAAAACCUGAUUCACCAAAGUCUGAGUCCCCAAAGCCUGGAUCCCCCAAGUCUGAGUCCCCAAAGCCCGGAUCCCCCAAGUCUGAAUCACCUAAACCUGAGUCUCCCAAAUCUGAAUCUCCCAAGCCUGCAUCUCCAAAGCCUGAGUCCCCCAAAGAGGGCUCACCAAAGGCUGGGUCCCCAAAACCCAGCUCCCCAAAAGCUGAGUCCCCUAAGUCAGAGUCCCCAAAACCUGAAUCCCCAAAAGCUGAAUCCCCAAAGACUGAGACAACCAAGUCUGAAGCUCCUAAAGCUGUUGAAGAGAAAUCAGAGAAAAAGAGUGACCCAGCAGAUGACAAGAAAGUAGAAAAGAAGGAUGUUGCCAUGAAUGGCGACAUAGACAAGAGCAGCCCAGAAGAGAAAGACAAGAAGGAUGAAGAGAAAGAAGCAGAUGUGAUUGCUAAUGGUGUGGACGAGAGCCCCGUCAAGGAAGAUGGCAGCCAGAAAGUGGUGAUCACCAAAACCGUGGAGACAAUCACCACCGGAGAGGAUGGAUCCCAACACAUCACCAAAUCCAUCACUGUGACCGAGACCGUGAAGGAAGUGGAGGAAGUGCAGGAGGUGGUGCAGGAGAAGCUGGUGUCCACCAAGAAGACGGAGAAACACUCCACUCAGUCCAUCAAGCAGGUGGCUGAGGGCAACUGAUCAGACUCCAGACAGCUGAUCAGCAGGCGGAGGAGGGGCCAGAGGAGACGACACGAAGACAAGCAAUCAAAACUAACAUAGCAAAGUAAAUCAUACAGCUAGAGCAAUGUAAUAAAGAUAACCACUCUCCAACAUACAAAACAAAUCAUAGUGAAGCCAAAACUUAAAUGCUACAGAUUUCAAAAAUGCAUGUUGAGUGACAGCUUUUAUCGGGCUUUGCUAAAGAUGUGGUCAGGAGCAAGCGACUGAGACAUUUUAUCUUCUUUUUCAUUUUUGCUGUUCAAGGGUGAGCUUACAGAAGGGUGGGAGGGGGGUCUCUGCAUGCUAGCUCAAGAGAGGGGAGAUCAUUCCUCUCUUAUAUGUAUGUAUGGUAGAAACACACUGUAAAAAGAGUAAAUAUGUAUAAGGAAUAAUGUUGGGGGGAGAUUGAGAGAAAUAUUAUUAAUGUUAAUAGGUUUUUUGAGUUUAAGUAAAAGGAGGGGCCAGGUAGGUGCAAGGGUCCUUCACACUGACAUGUGCUCUUCUGAAGAAGCCUUAUUCGACACAUGAAGACACCAACUGAGCCAAAAAGAAACUAACAACAAAUACACAACAUACAGUGAAGAAAGAAACGGGCAGCGAUAUGAUAAACACAUGAACAUAUACAUCCAGUAACUGAAGCAGUUAAAGCUUAACAAACCUGAAGAAACUAGCCUUAAACAUGCUUUUUAUCAGUGUCUGUUAUGUUUACCUGAGUGCAACUGAAAAAAAAAAAGCAACUGUAAAUGCGCACAUAUGCGCAUUCUUGUAUGCAUAGGAUGGACUUGAAUUUAAAUACAGAAUUAUAUGAGGUGCUACUGUUUGCAAUCCCAUGACUCAUCAUGAACGAUUUCCCAGCAGCAUUUGCUCAAUAAAUGUCAUAAUAA